GAGUCGUGCGUAACAUCUUCGAUGACAGAGGCCGAAGCGUACCUGCUCUUGAAAGUUGUGCAUUCGUUCACUCACGAAACUCAAGUGAAGCGGCGAGCCAAGGAGGGGGGGGAGCUGCAGGCAACUCUGCGCGACAUGUGGAGGUCGUAGAGUGUGCGGUACAAACGACCAGAGCUGUGUUUGGGGUGGCCUAUGUAUGUCUUGAAUGCGUGGGACCGCAUGAGACUACUACACAGGAGUGGCUGUACAUUGCGAUCGACGAGAAAUGUGUGCGUGGGUUCAAGCGUUCCAACAUAGCAUCUUGGUUAUAGUGUUGUUUAGUAAAAUGGACAUAAAAAUAUGCUCCCUCUCACUUUUUUCAGUCUCCUCUCUCGUCAAACACGUAGUGGAGCCCAAUGCGCGUCUAUUGAGGUAUUCACCGCCUCUAUUGGCCCCGGGGAUGGUGAGUUGUGGUCCCCUGAAUUUUAAGUUAACUUCCCCGCCAUAAGUUAACUUUUUUUCGGCAAAACCAUGUGUUAACUUAAGCGAGGUUCGACUGU